UUACUCGGAAUUUAUCCAAUUAUAAGUAAAAAAAAAAAAAAUCUUAAAAAUAGUUUGAUUUCAAACUCCCGAUGCCUCCGGCAUGAUGUAAUUAACUGGAAUACCAUGCUUGAGACCAAAGUUAAUCCCAACACCCACAAAAGCAGCUACUCUCUCUCUCUCUCUCUCUCUCUCUCUCUCUCUCUCGCUAACUCAAUGUAUGUAUAGAUAGAAGUGCAGUCUAGCUUCAUCUCAAAGGAACUGUCCUAAAAGCCACAUGAGUGGGGCAACAAGAAGAAAUGACAUUAGUGUUUGUGAUGAUGAGGCCAGAAGAACAACAACAAGAAGAAGAAUAAUGAGGACAACAAGUGGAAUCAAACACAAGAAUUUUCAAGAAACUGGUGCAAGAGCAAAAACUUCUUGCAGUUUGGGGGAGUAUGAAGAUGAUGAUCAUUCAAGGAUCAUCAAUGGCAGUACAAGAAGAUCUGAUAAUAAUAAUGAUCCAAAUGGGAUGAGGAAGAAGAACAAGAUUGGUAAUAAAUUGGAGUGCAAGAACCCGACAACCAUUCUUUCUUCUAAUGGGAAUGUGAUCAAGAGAAGAGCAUCAAUGCCAAUGGGAAUUGGGAUUGAAAAACCCCAUUCUUAUUCUUAUUCUUCAUUCAAGUUGAGGAAACUGAAAUCUUCUGGCCCAAUUAGGGAUCUUCUUCUUCUUGACCAAAUCGAAAUCGAAGCCCAUUUAAGUGAGGAUGUUGAGCCCAUUGCCAACCCUUCAGCAGAUGGGAUUCAAAGUUUUGCAGCAUCUUCUAACGAGGUGUGUGUCUAUCAAGAAAUCAAGAAUGGUUAUGAUGAUGAGGCUGAGAAUCAAGAAGAGUAUGAACCCACAAUUACAAUCCACCCAAAUCAAUCAGGGCAUGGAAAGAAGCUUCAAAAUCUGAUAAUGUGGAAAGAUCCAUCAAAAUCAGCACUUGUCUUUGGAAUUGGGGCAUUUGCAUUUGCUGCUGUUUCCUCUUCUUCUUCUUCUUCCCACACUUGGGAUUUAAACAUUAGCUUUCUUUCUGUGGUUUCCUACUCAGCCCUUUUGUAUCUUGCUGCUGUUUUCCUCUUCAAAUCAUACAUUUCCAGGGAAAGUGGUGAGAAGAGACAGAGGUGUUUAAGUGUUGUUGGGGAAGAAGAAGCCAUUUGGAUAAUGAAAUUGAGUUUGCCUUAUGUGAAUGAGGUUCUUCUCCAUUUUAGAGCCCUCUUUUCUGGACAAGAUCCUGUCAUCACCAUCAAGUUGGCUAUGGUUUUGUUCGUAUUGGCAAGAUUUGGAGGAUCCAUUUGUAUUUGGAAUAUGGCCAAGCUAGGAUUUGUUGGAAUAUUUACAGUGCCAAAAGCCUACUCAGUCUACUCGCCUCACUUAAUUUCAUUCGGUAUAUAUUGGGUCAAAAAAAUCAUGGAUGUUUGGAAGUCAUGUCGUCACAAGAAAGCCAUUGGAGUCUUGGCAUUGAGUGUUAUUUGGAAUGUAUGCUCGACCAUUGUUCGAAUUUGGACAUUGUUCGUACUAUUUGUUGCAUUCAAAUGUUAUCAACGGUCUUUCUUCUCGCAAUCUACGUAAUACAAGUGUUGGUUGUACAUUGUUGGAUCAAUGGUAGAAUGUACAUAACAAUAUUUCAAUUUGGUUGAAAAUAUUUGUGUGAAUAUUUAU